GAGAAAAGAAAGAUGAAGAAGUCUAUUAAUAAUAUUUUGAGUUUGCUGUUGGUUUUAAGUAGCCUUUCUUUUGUUGCCUUCUCUGAAUCUUUCAGUUCUGAGAAUCCGAUUGUCCUCCCCACAAGUGAUGAUAAUAUUAUACUCCCUGAAAUUUAUGACCAAGACGACGAUCCGAUCAGGAUUGGUAUGACUUACAUUAUUAUGAACCCUAAUAUCGGGGGUGGAGCCGUAUACUUGGACAAUAUUGGACACCUUAAAUGCCCAAACGCUGUGUUGCAGCACGUACCAGUUCCCGGUCUUAUGGGUGAUGGCACGGCCGUCAUGUUCGUUCGUGAUAAAUCGGAUGAGGGUGAGGUGGUGCGUGUAAUGACUGUCGUUUAUAUCAAAUUCUUUGUUGAAACAACACCGUUGUGUGUUAACGAAACUGUUUGGAAAGUUAAUGAUGAAAAGUUUGUGGUAACUGGUGGUAAGGUAGGAAAUGAAAACGACAUAUUCAAGAUUAUGACAACCGACAUUGUGAUACGAGGUUACAAAAAUAUAUACAAGUUGCUGCAUUGUCCCGCUUAUGUUAAGUGCAACGCUAUCGGUGGCAGCUUGAAAAAUGAACAUUUUCGUCUGGUCACUGUCGAUGAUCAGCACUUUGUUCCAUUUGUGUUCAUCAAGGCGUAGAAUCCUAAUGCUAGCUUGCUUUCUAAAUAAAGUGGAACCAUCACUCCAUGUAAUUUAAAUUAAUGUAUGUAUGUAGCAUGCUUAUGAUCAAUAAAUAAAUAAACAAGCUAGCAAUUACAUUA